GGGCCGGACGGCGGGCCGGGGGUCCGGGAGCCGGGCGCGGGCGCGGGCCCGCGGCGGCUGGUGCGCAAGGACGGGCGCUGCAACGUGCGCUUCGUGCACGCGGGCGGCGUGGGCGCGCGCUACCUGAGCGACCUGUUCACGACGUGCGUGGACGUGCGCUGGCGCUGGCUCGGGCUGCUCUUCUCGGGCUCGUUCCUGGCGUGCUGGCUGCUCUUCGGCCUGGCCUUCUGGCUCAUCGCGUCGCUGCACGGCGACCUGGCCGCGCCGCCGCCCGCCGCGCCCUGCUUCUCGCACGUGGCCAGCUUCCUGGCCGCCUUCCUGCUGGCGCUCGAGACGCAGACGAGCAUCGGCUACGGCGUGCGCAGCGUGACGGACGAGUGCCCGGCCGCCGUGGCCGCCGUGGUGCUGCAGUGCCUGGCGGGCUGCGUGCUGGACGCCUUCGUGGCGGGCGCCGUGAUGGCCAAGCUGGCGCAGCCCAAGCGCCGCAACGAGACGCUGCUCUUCAGCCGCUGCGCCGUCGUGGCGCUGCGCGACCGCCGCCUCUGCCUCAUGUGGCGCGUCGGCAACCUGCGCCGCAGCCACCUCGUCGAGGCGCACGUCCGCGCGCAGCUGCUGCAGCCUCGAGUGACUCCCGAGGGCGAGUACAUCCCCCUGGACCACCAGGACGUGGACGUGGGCUUCGACGGCGGCACGGACCGCAUCUUCCUCGUGUCGCCCAUCACCAUCGUACACGAGAUCGACGCGGCCAGUCCCCUGUACGAGCUGGGCCGCGCCGAGCUGGCCCGCGCCGACUUCGAGCUGGUGGUGAUCUUGGAGGGGAUGGUGGAGGCCACGGCCAUGACCACCCAGUGCCGCUCCUCCUACCUCCCCAGCGAGCUGCUCUGGGGCCACCGCUUCGAGCCCGUCCUGUUCCAGCGAGGCUCCCAGUACGAAGUCGACUACCGCCACUUCCACCGCACCUACGAGGUCCCGGGGACACCAGUGUGCAGCGCCAAAGAGCUGGACCAGCGUGCCCAGCAAGCGUCGCACAGCCCCAAGUCCAGUUUCCCGGGCUCGCUCGCUGCUUUCUGUUACGAGAAUGAACUUGCUCUGAAUUGCUGCCAGCAGGAAGAGGACGAAGAAGAGGCCAUGGAGGAAGGUUGGGCCGAGGCAGGAGAGGGGGCGGCCAGCUCACAGGUACUUACACCCACCCUGGCGCUCAGCCUGCCCCCAUGAUCCGAGCUGCCUACCUCCCUCUCCCAGGGCACCCCCGUCUGGAGGGAUCAGGCCAGAGCAGAGAGUUGAUGGGAUCUCAUCUAGCUGGUGAGGUUCUGCCGUAUCCAGGAUCCUUGCCAAGGACAUCCUGGACCUUCAUUUCUCUGCAUUCACUAUCCUCU